GGUUGCGUCAUCAAACGAAAAUCAACGUUAAGCGAAGAGGUAUCAGCGCAUCAUGAUGACAUAGCGCUGCGAAGAAAGCUCUGCAGUCACGCUGGCUUUGUUAAAGAGGUCCUUAUUCAAUGUUUAGCUUGCACCAAGCAUCCUCGGGUUGUUCUAUAUCAUUGCCCUUUCCACUAAGUCUUGCGGGAUUUGAAUGGAAAACGCGAAUCUUCUAUCCUCGAAGGUGAAGGACGCGACAUCAAGCAUGACUUCGGCAAUAGCAAGCAGCCUUGGCAAAGCCACCGAGGCACUGCAGAAUCACGAACAUGGCGCCAAAGUCGGCCAGCUGGCGUCCGUCACAAAGGACGCUCACGACCCGAAUUACCGGAUCACUUCGGAUUUCGGCGUCAAGCAGGCCAACACGGAUGACUGGCUGAAGGUUGCAAACGGAGAGAAGACGGGCCCCAUGCUACUUGAAGAUCAUUUCGGACGGGAGAAGAUUCACAGAUUCGACCACGAACGGAUUCCAGAGCGCGUCGUCCACGCACGCGGCGCUGGCGCUUUUGGCACCUUCAAGCUUCAUGAAAGCGCCGCGGACGUGACGAGCGCUGGAGUGUUGACUGACACAAGCCGUGAGACGCCCGUGUUCUUGCGCUUCUCGACCGUUCUCGGUAGCCGUGGAAGUGCCGAUACCGUGCGUGAUGUACGGGGCUUUGCGGUUAAGUUCUACACGAAGGAAGGUAACUGGGACAUUGUCGGGAACAACAUCCCCGUUUUCUUCAUCCAGGAUGCCAUGAAGUUCCCGGACGUCAUUCACGCUGGCAAACCGGAGCCUCACAACGAAGUUCCUCAGGCUCAAACUGCGCAUAACAACUUCUGGGACUUUCAGUUCAUGCACACCGAAGCCACUCACAUGUUCAUGUGGGCGAUGAGCGAUCGUGCUAUCCCACGUUCGUAUCGUAUGAUGCAGGGCUUCGGCGUGAACACGUUUCAGCUCAUCAACGAGAAAGGCGAGCGGCAUUUCUGCAAGUUCAUUUUCACCCCAGAACUCGGUGUGCAUUCCUUGGUGUGGGAUGAAGCCCUCAAGCUCGCCGGUCAAGACCCUGACUUUCACCGCAAAGAUUUGUGGGAAGCCAUCGAGAACGGAGCGUUUCCCAGAUGGAAGUUCGGCAUUCAGGUCAUUCCUGAAGCACGUGAAAACGAUUUUGAAUUUGAUAUCCUUGAUGCUACCAAGCUAUGGCCAGAAGAGCUGGUGCCAAUUCGAUACAUAGGCACGCUGGAGCUGAACCGCAACGUCGACGAGUACUUCACGCAGACCGAGCAGGUGGCGUUUUGCACAGCGCACGUUGUACCAGGUAUCGGUUUCUCGGACGAUCCACUCCUGCAGGGUAGGAACUUCUCGUAUUUCGACACGCAGUUGAGCAGACUGGGCAUUAAUUGGCAGGAAUUGCCGAUCAACAAACCUGUUUGUCCGGUUAUGAAUCAUAACCGUGAUGGCCAGGGCAGACAUACCAUCACCAAAGGCACCGUCAAUUACUGGCCCAAUCGCUUCGGUGCCGUCCCGCCUGCAAGUAAAGCUGAAGGCGCCUUCGAGGAGUAUCCUGCGAAGGUUAUGGGUAUCAAAGCGAGAUUACGAAGUAAGAAGUUCCAGGAACAUUUCAGCCAAGCCCAACUGUUCUUCAAUUCGCUAUCCGAAAUUGAAAAGCAACACACGGCCGCGGCACUUUCUUUUGAGCUAGACCACUGCGACGACCCUGUCGUGUACGAGCGUAUGUGCGACCGUCUUGCAGAGAUCGAUCUUGGUCUUGCUCAAAAGGUGGCUGAGCUAGUUGGCGGACCCAUUCCUCAUGAGCAGAGAAGGGCGAAUCACGGCAAGAAGACGAAAGGGCUGAGUCAGUUAGAGUAUGUGCCAGAGACUCCUACGAUCGCGUCGCGUCGCGUGGCAAUCAUCAUUGCAGAUGGUUACGACCCAAUCGCGUACCAUGGUAUCAAGGCCGCUCUGAAGGCAGCGCAGGCGCUGCCCUUCACGAUUGCUCCACGCCGAACGCCUAUUUUCGCGGCCGGUGAGGAUAGAUCAAACGGCAAGGGAGUCGUUCCUGAUCAUCAUCUCGAAGGGAUGCGAUCGACAAUGUUCGACUCUGUGUUCAUCCCCGGCGGUGAGCAAUCCAUCGCCACUCUGAAGAAGAAUGGCCGUGCCAUUCAUUGGGUGAGAGAGGCUUUCGGUCAUCUGAAGGCGAUCGGUGGUACCGGGGAGGCCGUCUCAUUCAUCAAGGAUGCAUGCGAGCUACCCGGAGUCCAAUUCAGCGAGUCGGCUGGCGUGACCGAAUCGUACGGCGUGGUAACGGCACAGGCAACGAAGCCAGAGAGCUUCAGCGAGGCGAUCAGCAUUGCGAAGGGCGCGAAGGACUUUGUUGGCGCUUACUUCUUUGCGAUCUCGCAGCAUAGGAACUGGGACAGGGAACUUGACGGACUGUCGAGUAUGCUCGCUUAUUGAUUUCGACGUAUGUUUAGCUCUAUUCUCAGGGAGCAGAAUGCUUUUUUGGUUCGAUCAAUCCACAAUUCGAUGGUACAUCUGAUUUCUCUAAGUUGGUAUCAGCAUUUAAAGAUGAAAUGUCAAUCGUUGACGGUAUAUUAUGAUAUAUGCAAA